AGGUGCUACGAACUACAGGCCACAACGACGAAAGGUCUUACCUUGUCCAGCCUCCAACCAUGAAUGGCGAGGUAGCUAGACUCAGAGCCUCAAGGCCGCGUCACAGCCGUUGCCAGGCGCCUCCGAAGAAGACCGCAUCUCCAGGGCUGUCCGGGCCAACGUACCUUCCACCCAUAUGUGCCUAGGAGACGACAGGUGGAUGGCAGGACCCAGCCAGAACUAGCGAAGCCAUCGUCUUGGACAUGCCGGCGCCGGCGUACAUUGCGCCCUGGAUGCCCACGCUCUAUGCCGCAGCCCUCAUCACAACAUCGCAGUACCAACAAGCCUCGCCGGAAAGACCAGGGAGGCCACCAUCUCCAGCUGCAGCUUCAGCGACUCCAAAUGCAACCCAAGCAGCACCUUCAAGAAGGGAACGGCGCUGAGACGCCGCCGCUGCCUUGUCCAAUGAAGGACCAAGGGUUUCCCCCGGUGCUCGAGGAGAGGAUCUAGUCCGGGCCAUGACAGCGCCUCCAUGGAGGUAACGGCACCCUCACGUGUCGCCGGUGUCAGCGCAGGCCAUCGCCGCGCAGGGAUUUCGUACCGGCCCAAGACCAGAACCCCAAAUACCUCUAAAGCAGAGCAGACAGGAGACGGGGGAGCAGAUCGCCGGAGACCACCACCAGCACCAAGAGGGAAACCACGUAUCAUCACCGUUGAUGAAGGGAAGCACCGGCCAACGCAGUGUAGCAGCCGCCUGAUGGCUGCCAAACAAGGCCAAACACUGCAGGGGGGCGCGUUGAGCAGGGCUAGUGGCGCCGUCGCAUGGGCCUGCCACCUGCACCAUGUCGCCGCCAACCAUGGCCGCCGCCGCGCUGGCCCGCAGCCUCCGUCACCCGGAUCCGCUGGGGCACAACCAAGCAGCCGCGGACGCACCCCCAAAGGGUCGCACCGCCCGCGUGCUCGCCAUGCCAGAUCUAGAGGCCCGACCCUCUGGAUCUGGGGCCGCCGUCGUGAAACCCUAGGCCCGGAGAAGCACAGCUCCGUCAGCCUCGUCGAGCCCCACGCUCGAGGGGGAAGGCCGCCUGGGAGCGAAGUCCCGCCGCCGCCGGAUACGCCAGGGCUUUGCCCAGCGUGGAGCACCGGUGGCGGCAGUUUCAUCUUUCGAUAUAUGAACUUUUAUUGCCUUGUCGCUGCCUGUUCUUCAUGGAUAUUCAAAGCAAGUUUUCUCAGAAUUCAUGCAAGGACCUUAACGUCAGGACAAAAAUGUACAUCUUGCUUUGGGCCAUCAUCAGGGAGGACACACUUAAUUUAUGCUCACUUUAUCUUUGUCUCUACAUUGGCAAUUCUAUAUAUUUAUUGCCUUCUAGGGUGAA